AUGAAACAUAUUUAAGCAUUUGUCUCUGCAGCUCUUCUUUUUGGAGUAUCAUAAGCUGCUAAAGAACUUGAAUUUAUUGCAGAGAUAGGCACUCAUGGUCAUUCCUACUUUCCAUUACAAUCAAGAUUCAAGCAUAUGAUUUAGACUGAUGAACCAAUUGAAGACUACACUUACAAAAAUAUUACUCCUCUAGGUAUAAGGCAAUAGUAUUUGAUUGGAUAGGAACUAAGAAGAAGAUAUGUAACAAACUUGACUGCUGGUACUGAAAUUGAAGGAUAUUCUACUCCUUUCCUUAACUAUAGUUAUCGAAUUUAAGAAAUGUUCAUGAGAACAGCAGGAAACUCCCAAAGCUAUAUUAGUGCUAACGCCUAGAUGAUUGGUCUAUACCCUCCCGAAACUUGCAACUAGAGACUUACAGAGUGGCAAAAAAAGAAUGUAAGACCACCUCUAUUCGAGGGAAUCUCUGAUGAAGAGGUCGAGGCUUUGGGAGACUUCGCUACAAAAGGAGGAUUUACUCCUUUUGAUAUAUUCAAUCAAUACCAAACUGAAGAUCAGAUGAAUGAUUAUAAUGGAUUGGGGUGCAAGAGAUACAGCUAAUUGAGAGAGCUUUCUCAUUAAUCAGAAGAAUUUGAGACAAUCAAGAAUAAUCUUACCUAAUAAUAUCUCUAGUAUCUUAGUGAUCAUACAAGUGAGCCAAUAAAAACCUAUGAUGAUGCUCUAGAAUUGUGCUAAUUUAUUUAUGAUGCUUGGAUUGAUGGCUAUGAUUUCAGCAAAUUUGAAUAUGAUGAUAAGUUGAAGAAUGUUUGCCAAAAGUUUAUGGAAUCUCAGGCAUACUACAAACUCUACGCUCACAAAGAUCUCAGAAUACUAAAGAUUUCAGAACUGUCUUAAUUACUAACAGCUCGUUUAUACGCCUUAGUAGACUAAGAAGAGUUUUAGUCAGACAAAGAAUUGGAUGCUGAAUACAAAUGGCUAUUAAGCGUACAUCAAUAUCAAAUGAAAUUCAACAAUUUCAAUAAGAUAAUCGAAUUUAAAAUGUUCAUGUUCCUUGGUGAGUCUUGGAAUGUCAAGGCUUUCCUUAGCAUUGUCAGCGAUUAAUUUAAAUUCGAUUUCAUAUCACCAUCUUCAUUAAUUAUCUUAGAGGUUUACGAUGAGGAAAGUGAAAAUGAAUAGGGAGUUAAAGUACAAAAGGCCUCAGUUAAAGUGAAGUAUAAUGACGAGUUAGUUACCCUAAAUGGAAGGUGCUUGGGUAAAACAGAGUGUGAUAUAUUUGAUUUUAUACAAACACUUAGAGAUUAAGGAUAAAUACUGAGCAAAAAUAUGAGAGAUGUAUGUGGUUAAGAGAUAAGUAAAAGUGACACGUUUGAAUUUGAGAGCCCUUCAGAAAUACUCAACUAUUUGAACUCAUAUUGA